CUCCCGUUUUCUCUCUCUGGGCGACUUUUUAUUUUAUAUUUAUUUUUUUUAUUAUCAUUUCUGCCUCUCUCUCUCUCUAAAAUCCCCACAAAGGGGAAAGAAGAAGAUAGAAGUGCUUCCGAUCCGUUCUCUCUCUGUCUCUCAUGGCGUCGCCAGCAAUCUCGGAGAGAGUCGAGCUCGCGAAGCUCUGCAGCUCUCGAGACUGGUCCAAGGCCAUUCGCGUUCUCGAUUCUCUCCUCUCCCAGUCCUUUUCCAUCCAAGACAUCUGUAAUCGAGCCUUUUGUUAUAGUCAAUUGGAGCUUCACAAACAUGUGAUCAAGGACUGUGAUAAGGCCCUUCAGCUUGACCCUACGCUUCUUCAAGCUUACAUUCUCAAAGGCCAUGCAUUUUCUGCUCUGGGAAGGAAAGAGGAUGCUCUCUUGGUUUGGGAGCAAGGCUAUGAAUAUGCUCGUUGUCAGUCUGCUGAUUUGAAGCAAUUGCUGGAACUGGAGGAGCUUCUGACAGUUGCAAAACAAAAUAGAAGUAUUUCUUGUGAGAACCAUGAUAUGGAGUCAUCUGGGACUGCAUCUGAAGCUGGGCCUGUUAUUUCAAGAAAAUCAAAUGAAACCUGUAAUAAUCACAAUAAGUUAAGUGGUGCAUCUGAACUGUGCAGCGAGUUGAGUGAUACAUCUGAGUUCCCCAGUGAAUCAAAUGAUACAUUUGGCAUACACAAUGAAUCAAGUGAUAAAGUCAAGAUGAACAGAAGGUUUGAUGGCCAACCAAAUGGAUCCUAUAAUGGCCAACCAAAUGGAACCUAUAAUGGUCAAUCAAAUGGAACCUCUUUUGGCCAACCAAAUGGAACCUAUAGUAGCCAAUCAAAUGGAACAAAUGACAUUCUCAACAAAUCUGGUGAUGAGUCUGAAUUAAGUCGUGAAUUAAGUGAUACAUGCAAUAAACCAUCUGUGAUUUGCAGAGAAUUGAGUAAUGUAUCUGAGAUAUGCAGCAAGUUAAGUGACCAAUCUGAUGUAAGCAAUGAAUCAAGUGGUGAAGCCAAGAAGAAUAAAAAGUUCUGCGUUACUAGGAUUUCAAAGACCAAGUCGAUAAGUGUUGAUUUUCGAUUAUCAAGGGGAAUUGCACAGGUAAAUGAAGGGAAAUAUGAUCGUGCCAUCUCCAUCUUUGACCAGAUACUAAACGAGGAUCCUACUUAUCCUGAAGCACUAAUAGGAAGAGGAACGGCAUAUGCAUUCCAAAGAGAACUUGAUGCUGCUAUUGCUGAUUUCACAAGGGCUAUUCAAUCAAAUCCAUCAGCUGUUGAGGCAUGGAAACGAAGAGGGCAGGCCCGAGCUGCCUUAGGGGAAUCUGACCAGGCCAUUGCAGACUUGACCAAGGCGUUAGAAUUCGAGCCAAACUCGGAAGAUGUAUUGCAUGAAAGGGGGAUUGUUAAUUUCAAGUUUAAGGAUUUUCAUGCUGCUAUUGAAGACCUAUCUGCAUCCAUAAAGCUUGAUAAGGAUAACAAAUCCGCUUACACAUAUUUGGGCUUGGCAUUAUCUUCAAUUGGUGAAUAUAGAAGAGCUGAAGAGGCACAUAAGAAAUCAAUUCAACUUGAUCCAAAUUUCCUUGAGGCAUGGGCUCAUUUAACACAGUUAUAUCAUGAUUUGGCAAAUUCAGAACAGGCUGUCGAAUGCAUUAAUCAAGUUCUGCAAAUUGAUGGAAGGUAUGCCAAAUCAUAUUACUUGCGUGGACUACUUCUACAUGGAAUGGGAGAGCACAGGAAUGCUAUCAAGGACUUAUCAGUUGGGUUGAGCCUUGAGAACUCAAAUAUUGAGUGUUUAUAUUUAAGAGCUUCUUGCCACCAUGCUAUUGGAGAAUAUAGAGAAGCGGUGAAGGAUUAUGACGCUGCUCUGGAUUUGGAACUAGACUCGAUGGAAAAAUUUGUGCUUCAGUGCCUGGCCUUCUAUCAGAAAGAAAUUGCUCUAUAUACUGCUUCAAAGAUCAAUAGUGAAUUCUGUUGGUUUGAUAUUGAUGGAGAUAUUAAUCCCCUAUUUAAGGAGUAUUGGUGCAAAAGGCUGCACCCCAAAAAUGUCUGUGAAAAGGUUUAUAGGCAACCAACCUUGCGCGAUUCUCUGAAGAAGGGUAAUAAGCUAAGAAAGCAAGAUUUUGCUGUCACAAAGCAGAAGACUGCUCUCACACGGGCUGCAGACUCUAUUGGCAAGAAGAUUCAAUAUAGUUGCCUUGGCUUCUUGCCCAGUAGGCGUCAGCAUCGUAUGGCGGGAUUUGCUGCUAUUGAGAUUGCACAAAAGGUCUCUAAGGCAUGGCGUUCUUUGCAAUAUUCUAAUAAAAACACAUCAAAAUAUGGCAAGAAUGCCCGGAGAAAGGAAAAAAUCAAUAUUCCCAGCCAGAAUAGAGGUGGUUCUGGUUGUUGUACCAGCAGUUCCUUGGAAACAUCAACUUCGUAUGGCAUUACAGAAGAUAGAUCUUCGGGUCGUCAUAUGAAAUCGUGGCAUGAUCUUUAUUCGUUGGCUGUAAAAUGGAGACAGAUCUCUGAACCUUGUGACCCAGUUGUGUGGGUCAACAAGUUAAGUGAGGAGUUCAACUCAGGAUUUGGGUCUCACACACCACUUAUUCUAGGGCAAGCGAAAGUUGUUCGCUACUUCCCAAAUUUUCAAAGAACAUUAGAUGUUGCAAAGGCUGUCAUUAAGGAAAAAAUGCAUGUGUUCAACAAGGAAGACAAUGUCAUUGAUCUAUCCGAAGAUGGAAAAUUGCAAGAUAUUAUGAAAGCGGAAUCCUGCUCCGAUCUUUACAGAGUUGUCGGUGAGGACUUCUGGUUGGCAACGUGGUGUGACAGUACAGUAUUCGAGGGGAGACAUCUUGAAGGAACGAGGAUCACUCUUGUGAAAAUGGGAGAACAUGGUUUUGAUUUCGCCAUUAGAACACCUUGUACACCUUCCAGAUGGGAAGGGUUUGAUGCAGAAAUGGCAGGGGCAUGGGAAGCUCUUUGCAAUGCUUAUUGUGGUGAGACAUAUGGGUCUUCAGAUUUCAGUUUGCUCGAAAAUGUGAGAGAUGCAAUCUUGAGGAUGACUUAUUAUUGGUACAAUUUUAUGCCACUUUCCAGAGGCUCUGCUGCCGUGGGGUUUGUAGUUUUGCUUGGAUUACUUCUUGCUGCUAAUAUGGAGUUCACUGGGAGCAUCCCUGAAGGUUUUCAGGUGGAUUGGGAAGCAAUUCUGAACUCUGAUCCAAAUUCCUUUGUGGAUUCCGUGAAAAGUUGGUUGUAUCCAUCUCUCAAGGUCACCACAUCGUGGAAAGAUUAUCCUGACGUGGCAUCAACUUUUGAGACAACGGGAUCUGUUGUUGCUGCCCUGAGCACCUACAGUGAUUGAGAGCAUCCUUAAGCAUAUUGUCAGCAGCAAGCAAGCAAGCAACAUUUUCUGGUCGGUGAUCCACUGUGGAUCAGAUUACUCUGGGUCUUAAACCAAUUGAGAGAUCAAGGUAUAAUUGUGUUAUUACAUGUAUGCAUGUUUGAAUACAUUGUUUUUAUGUAGUGCUUCAGGAUGAAAUUGCACGUGUAUUUCUUUGUUUGAUUCCCCUUCCUCUUCCCUUCAGUAAUUGUCUCAGAUUAAGGUUUAUAUAUACAUCAUGUCAUAGAUGGAAAAUUUUACUUGUUUUUCAUA